AUGGCUCCCUCACGCCCUUCGCGGAAAGGAGCGAAAAUUCAACCAGCACACCCCACACGGCGACCAAACGGGCCGAGUACCCAGAAGAAUCAAAUGCUCAUAUCCCGCUUUUUCACCCCAAAAGUAUCAAAGUCAGGGAGCAAGUUCUCUCCUCCUCAUGUCUUGACGUCACGCGCGAAACGAGUGUCACCCCCCGUGCCGGGAACUUUAUCCGUAAAUCCUGACACAGGUCAAAUAACUGAUUCUCCAACGAAAGACAAACCCAACAGAAGCAUCGAAUGCGUCUCUCCAGCUCAAGUGAAGAGCACCCUAGAAGAUGUUCCGUCGGAGGCGGGUGAGAAAAUAGAGCCCAACGAAAAAGCGGAUCUUCGGACCACCUGCAAACGUCCACGACCUACUCCAGCCGACGACGACCCCCCAGGUGAUGUCAGUGACGAUGUUUUAGCCGGUGUAAGUGAUGAUGAUGAACCGCCCAUCAAAAGAUCAAGGCGUGCGAAUCGCACUCUGCGCUCCUCUUAUGCUGGGGACGACGAUUCUGACUCGAGUAAAGCAGCCGAAGUCAUGAGCGCCCAAGAGAAUGACUGGGCCCCAAGUGAUGCAUCUCAAGAGUCAGUAGAUCGCGAGGACUUAGAGGAACUGGAUGAAACAGAGGAUGCAGAAGAUUCAAAAUCCAUGCCAGCUAGUCAAGAGCCAACCAACCUGACGUCAUACUCCCGCAAAUCAAGUGCGGAGGAAAACAAAGUUCCUCGUGACGCUCACCAACAGCGCCGCUUUCACAAGAAGCUGUGGCCCCUGGGAAGAAAAGGCCUGGGAUCGCGCUUGGAAGACGGAGCGGACGAAGGAAAAGGUGCCAAGGGAUCCAAGGCAAAUGCAAAGAAUUACACUCCUCUCGAAUCUCAGUAUGUCAAGUUGCGCAAGCAGCACCCGGAUAUGCUACUGGUAAUUGAGUGUGGCUACAAGUACCGUCUCUUUGACAAUGACGCAACCAUUGCUUCGAAAACAUUGCGAAUCGCCGCGUACUUUGACCGCAACUUUUUGACUGCUAGCUUUCCUACUCAUAGGCUCUCGUACCAUGUGAACCGUCUGGUUCAGGCCGGUUACAAGGUGGGCGUCGUGAAUCAGAGCGAAACAGCGGCUCUGAAAAAAGCUAGCAGUAAGUCAUCGGGGUUGUUCCAACGAAAGUUGGAAGCUGUCUACACUCGUGGUACGAUGAUAGCAGAUGGGACUCUGGGGCAGCAAGGGUCCAGAGAUGCAGCUAAGCUCGCAACCAGCACGUACAUAAUGGCCAUAUUGGAGCCGCGACUUAAACUAGAGUCGUCUGAGAAAGCCUUGGGGCAGUCGAAGGAGCUGUCUUUUGCUGCUGUGGACACAACGACCGGGAAGCUAGUUUGGGGUUCGUUUGCUGAUGACGUGCUUCGUUCAGAGCUUGUUUCUCGCCUCGCUGCACUAGAGCCAGUGGAAAUAUUGCUAAACGCCAAGAAGUCUUCUCAAGGGACGGAAGAGGUCACAAAAGCAUUUGCCCACUCGUCAGGUUGCAGGAUUGAAAGGGUUUUGGAUUCCACUUUCGCGCAGAGUGAGGACCUCUUAAGUGUGAAUCAAACUAUAACAGGGAAGCUUAAGUUGAGUGAAGAAAAGAAAGAUGGAAUACUGCGAUGUGUAGGUGCCCUUCGACAGUAUCUGAAGACGUUUGGACUGGAUAACUUCUUGACGGCUAAAGCAGAGAAUACUUUAUCGAAAUCUAACCACAAAAUGUCGCUUGGAUCCGACGUACUUCAGAACUUUGAGGUUUUGGGCAACUCGAACGACGGUUCCAUAAAUCAGUCCCUCUUCGCAUUGCUUAACCGCACGAAGACUGCCGCUGGAAGUCGACAAAUGCGACAAUGGGUGUGCCAUCCACUUGUGUCCGGAAAGGAUAUCGCAGCUCGCCUCGAUGCUGUUGAAUACUUGAAAUCAAAGUCUGACUAUCAAAGUAGCUCCAGAGCUGAAACUGUAUCAAAUGCUCUUUCUCAGUUACUAUCCUCGAUGGCCAAAAUGCCUGACCUUGAGCGGGCAUUUCUACGAAUUUCUUGUCUGAAGUGUGCUCCAUCAGAACUUGUUGCUGUGGUGACCGCAUUCGAAGAGAUUGGCGGGUUGAUUGAUGGUAUCAAGGAUAUGGGAAGCUUGUCAGAGCUUCCUCCCUUGCUACAAGGAAUGUUCUACAGGACACCGAGAGUCGGCCUGGUACUUAACUCUAAGCUCUUGUCAUGCUUGAAUCGCCCAGCUGCGCUUGAGAAUCGCUACCACAAUGUCUUCGAAACCAAGUUUCUAAAUUCUGAGCGGCCCUCGGAGGACGAUGUCUUCUUUGCAUUUGUCGGAUCUCUCGAAAGGUUGGUUGACGCGAAUCGUACCGUUGCCGCAAAAAUCGAAGCCAUGGACGCACUGCUACGGAAAUUACGAAAGGAUUACUCGAUUUCCGCAAAGGUCUGGAAGAAAGUUGCUAAGGAAGAAUAUCUUCUGGAAGUGCCCAUGUCUCAAGUUUCAUCGAUUCCUCGCUCGUGGCACAUGAUUUGUCAGACAAAAACAGUCAAGCGAUUUAGACCACCACAAGCGGUAAAGGGCUACGAAGAAGUUCAAUGUGCACGUGAAACUAGGGAUGGACUUUCGCGGCAAACAUGGAAAGCAUAUCUUGAGCUAUUUACAACUGUCGCAUCGCCCCUUCGCGUUGUCAUCAGAACUCUCGUUGAUUUGGAUUGUUUUUCCGCCCUCGCCUCUGUUGCAGACCUUCCUGGCUAUACGAAACCAACAGUAUCAUUAUCUGAGGACGAAGUCGCGGGAAUUAAAGCCAAGAAAGCUCGUCACCCGCUAGCAGAAACUCUUCAGUCCUGUCAUAGAUACGUGCCGAAUGACGUAGAGCUUUCUCACGUACAUGGUAGAAUUGGUUUAGUCGUCAGUGGCCCAAACUACGGAGGGAAGUCUUCCUACGCCAGAAUGACUGCGCUUCUCGUCAUCCUUGCUCAAAUUGGCUCUUACGUACCUGCCGAAGACAUGUGGCUAUCGCCUUUUGAUUCUAUUUUCGCGAGAAUGGGAUCACUGGAUGCCAUCGGAAGCGGUAUGAGCUCUUUAAUGGUAGAGCUAGCGGAAACUUCAAGAAUCUUGAGUGCGGCAUCGUCAAAGUCACUUGUGGUCAUUGACGAAUUAGGCAGGGGGACAUCGACUCAUGACGGAACAGCAAUUGCGUAUGCGACGCUAGCAUAUUUGGUCGAACAGAUCAAAUGCGUGUCGCUCUUUAUCACACACUAUCCAGCGGUCGCAAAGUUGAAGGCCCUAUUCCCCGGCCGGCUCGAUGCAUGCUACAUGGAUUACCGAGAAUGUCCUGAUGUCGAGAAAUUAAAAGAAUCAGAAAGCGAGGGACAAGUCAAUUCGGCAGGGACGAAGCAAAUCAAGAUAACGUUACUGUACAAGUUGACGCAGGGUAUUGCCAGUUCGAGCUAUGGCUUGAAUGUAGCACAAAUAGCUGGAGUACCGGAGAGCGUAAUUGUGCACGCCAAGGAGAAAGCGCUUGCUCUGGAAAAGAAAGUUGAAGAGUGCAAACGCUACAGCUCACACGGAAGACUGCUCGAUGAGAGAAAUUUGCAAAACGCCGAGACGCUAACAAAAAUUCUUCGGACCGCUCCUCGAUCACCUGGAGAGUGUACUAGCACGUAA